CCUGCGCAGAACACACAUUUAUCUCUCAGCGAUGGAGGCUUAUGUUUUGAUCAAGCUUGGAAGCUAACGAGCUCAAUUUUCUCGUCGUGAUAUACCCUAAAAUACUCUGUUAUCUGCCUUCUUUAAUGCACAACUGCAGCUCCAAAAAUCUAAUCAUUUGACCAUAAAGAUAAAAUUAACUUGUUGUUAUCGCUGCGUUAGCCGUUUAGCUAAAGUAUCGUUGUAGAUUCCUGUUGGCUCAUUGAAUGUGCUUUGUUUUUCAGAAUUUACAGAGAUUAUCCAUGUACAUCGCUUUUUGAUACGUAUUUUAAUAUCUUAGCGGUAUCCUACCUUUAUCUUGAACAAGAACCUCGGAACACCAUUGUAAGUGGGCUUUUUUCACCGAGGAGGGAAAGUGGUUCUUCAUGUGCACAGGUCAUAGCAAUAAAUUAGCAUUAAAAACCUUCAGAAAAUAUGUCUUUAGUCGCUUAUGGCAGCAGUGAUGAAAGCGAUUCAGAAGAAACCUCCAGCUCGCCUCCGCAGAGCAAAGGAGGACUCUUCUCUGUCCUCCCAGCUCCAAAAAAGACGAGUGUUGUCAGUGCAGGGCCAAGUAUAAAACCGACAACAAAACCAAGCACAGUGUCUGAGAAUAGCGCUUCAAACGAUGAGCCCAUGUCUCAGCCGUCUAGAGUAGGUCUUUUUUCCACUCUGCCUAAGCCCAAGAAGAGAAAUGAGCCUGUCAGGAUUACUGCACCACAGGUUCAGAAACGGGACUCGGACUCAGAUGAUGAUGAACCAGCAAUAAAGAAAAAAGUUCAGGGAGGUGGUGGUACAGGCCUGUCAUCUCUCCUGCCACAGCCCAAAAAUAUGACAGUUAAGGAAAUUGACCGACCGCUGAUUCCUUACACUCUCACCAAACGUCAAGAGCCUAAAGUAGCCAAAUCCAGUGCUCCUUCAGCCUUGCUCAGCUCCAGUGCAUCUCCCUCUGCUAUCAAAGCUGCUGCUAAGUCUGCUGCCAUGCAAGUCGCAAGACAGAUAGCGAGUGACGAUCAUGAUGAGGAGGAAAUAAGUCCAGAGAAUUACUUUUCACUUGAAAAUAACUCCCAACUGGCUCCUGCUGCUGAGAUAGAGCCUGAGCCCAGACCUGUGAUAGAUCCCAUUCAGUUUGGGGUGGCAGACGGACCGGGUCACUCAGAUGCACCUCUAGAUUUUGGUGGAAAUGCGGAGGAAGGUGGGGCAUGGGGAGGGCAUUACCAGGAAGCUGAUCCAGAAGCUUAUUCUCAGGGAUAUUAUAAUCAGCCAUAUUAUGAAGAUCCUAAUGUUGACCAGGGAGAGACCGGAGAGACAGAAUCUGAAGAGCCUGGGAACUCCGCCAUGUUUGAUGAAGAAGCAUUUAUGAGGUUGCAAGGGAAAAGAAACAGAGGAAAAGAGGAGAUAACCUUUCUAGAGAUUAAAGGUGAUGACCAGUUAAGUGGAACGCAGCAGUGGUUGACCAAGAACAUGACAGAAGAGAAACAAAAUCGAUCGUCUUUUAGCAAGAAAAGAGGAGGAAUGCCAACGGGACAACAGAGACGCAAGCACCAAAUCACAUAUCUCAUUCACCAGGCAAAGGAACGCGAGUUGGAACUGAAAAACAGUUGGGCAGAGAACAAGCUAACUCGACGACAGACCCAGGCCAAAUACGGCUUCUGAAACUAUGGACUUUUUAUGGAUAACCCAAUUUCCCCUUCUGCUGUUCUGAUUUCACCACUAACAAAAGAUGACUGGCAUACAGACCUAGUUAGGACAAUAGUAUCUACUCUCCAACCUGCAUUUGUGUUAGAUAGAUAUUCAUUUUUGGUAACAUAUUUGAUAGUGUUUGUAUUAUUGUACAUUAAGACCCAUAUAUUUACAGUAUCAUAUAGGAGUUAAGUCUGUUUUCUAAAAAUGCAAUGUACAUGUCUGAAUUCAGUUUUACCUCUGGCACAUCAGUGGUAGAAAUAAUGUCAAGUGACCCAAUACAUGUUUUUCCUUUUAAAUAAGUAUACAAACUAUUCAUAUUACCACAAAUCCUUUUUUGUGGGACAGGUUUGAUUGUCUGGCAAUGCAUGCUUGUGGCAGCUGUUAACAUGGACUGUAACAUUUGUACAAAUAAUUUUUAAGAUGAACCAUACAUUUAUAA